UGCCUCGUAAGCUGGGGGAGAGAGAAGGCAGGCUGACCAACAAAUCAGGCACUCCGAUGCGGCGUAAGAUGGGGCCUCUCCCCCUCCCCAAAUUCCAAUAACCCCUGGCCGUAUUUUUGGCUCCCGUCCCAGCGCAAUGGGCCGCCCGGCAUCCUGUCAGAACCCGUGUUUCUGACGGGACAGCUUCCACCCUCUUCCCCCUGAUUAUCAUCUUCCUAUGGUUACCGCAUUGGGGAAGGACAGCUUACCCAGCAGUCUGGAACCGGGAUCUGAAAAUGAUGCGCCGUCGCUAGCUCUUCGCAUCGUUGGGUCACUGCUUACGAGUGCCUCUGGUGAUUGUGCUUGGUGGUGGAGAUGGGAAGUUAUUGCGCGCGCUGUUGCCGACGCGAAAACUCAUGCCCAGCGUUCUUGUUCUGUAUGCCAGCCCUGUUUGCUGACAUGUUUCCCCCUGAUCGACGGGUUGCCAGACCAUGGUAUGUAUUACUGGAUACCGACGGAGUGGCACAUCGCGAAACGUGGUCCAGCUUUGCGGGCGAUGCUUCUCUCGCACGCCCCCCUUCCAAGCGAAGAAGUUGCCAGACCAUGGUAUUACUGGAUACCAACAGAGUGGUAUCGCGAAACGUGGUCCAGCUUGCGGGCGAUGCUUCUCGCGUACGCCCCCUCCCAAGCGAACGGGAAGAGAAUUGCCCGUGAGCUGCCCCUAAAGAUAGCAAGGUCAGUAUCAAAGGUAGUAAUAACAGCAAUUGUACCUUGCAGUAGCAAUAACGGCAAAGGAGACCCGAACAACCAUGACACGAACUAUUGGGGAAGAUGAAAGAAAAGAUGUCGCUUAGAAAUUGAUGAUGAUGC